AUGGCAGAAGCUACCCCGAGUGGUCAAGGUGCACCCCCGGCAGAUGGAGCUCCACCUCCGAAUCAAGAAGGCGCUGAUGACAAAGACGAGAAGAAAGAAUUAGAGAGCGGGGCAUCGGGGGCAGGCAGUCAAAUGGGUGGUGCACCUCCAGAAGCGGGAGAAAGUGGAGCGAGUGAAGGUAAAAAGAAGAAGAAAAAGAGCAAGAAGAAGAAAAGGAAGACAGCACAUUUCAAGAAACGAGGACAUCCGUAUUUCAAAGUACUGUGCAUCGUAUUCUCACUAUUGUCUCUAGCCAGUCUUGCUACAGCAUUGACUAUGGGUGCACUGAUGUUAAACGAUACAGCAAAGUAG